AUGGAUUAUUAAGAAUUGUACGAUUUGAGGAAAAAACUUGUAGACUGGAAAAAGUUUCCUAAAGAAACUCUUUGUAUAUUGAAAUCGUUAGAACAAUCUCCACUCGAAUGGGAGAAUGUUAAUAAAUCAAAAAUACAAAAAACACUAUAGGCUCUUACAUUAAUAGAUGAUAAUAAUGAUCCUCUAGUCACCACAAUUAAAGCCAAAGCGUCAGCAUUAUAAGAUCGCUUCAAAAGACUCUCCUAGGCCAAAGCUAUUUAAAGAACAUCAUAAGAAUAAUAGCAGUAAGCGAUUGAAGAAAUUAAGAUCUAAAAGUAAAGCAGUGUUUAGAGCACAUAAAGCAGUAGAUCGUUACCUUGUAAGGAUCUUUUUGAAAAUCAUCGAGUACCUUAUCCAGCUUAUGCGGAUAGGCUCAAAUAUUUAAAGGGAAUAAAUCAAAUGUUUAUUGCGAACAUUUUCACCUUUAAAAAGGACAAUGUCCUAAAUGAUUCUGAAUAUUAGACUAUCAAAGAAUGUGUAGAAAUGAUGGAAAACACCAUAUACCAUAAAAGAGCAAAGGAUCACACUCCUAGAAAAGCAUAUGAAUAAGAUUUGAGAAUUUUAGCGGGCUUUUUAAAGAAAGACAAAAAUGGUUCUCUCACUUACAGAAUCUUUACCAAAGCUUUUGAUCCUGUUUCGGCAGCUUAACUAAGAGCAGCAGAUUGGGUUGAUGACGAAACUAAGCAAGAAUAAGCAAGAAUAAUUAAGGAGAAAAUGGAAGCAGAAUAAAUCGGAUUUUAUAAGGAUUUAAGCAAAAGAGAAAUGGAAGGAAUUGAAGGAAAGACAUGUAAGGGAUGUGGUCAAAAAAAAGUAUAUCUUGUGGAUGAAAAAUAAACACGUGCAUCAGAUGAACCAACAACUAAAUUUUUUGAAUGUUACAAUUGUGGAGAUAAAUUUAGAAUUUGUUGA